AAACGACUGUUGAAAUGAUUAUCUAUUUAGCCUAAUUCACGUAAUUGAACUAUCUUGCUUCUAUUUUACCGAAAAACCUGAAUCAUAACAUAGAAAAUGCAACUUUCCGGAAAACAAAUUCAAACACAAUGCUUAUUUAUCCUUUUGUUCAUAUUAUGGUACACUAUUGGAAAAGCAUCAACUCAACUUAAUCCACAUUUUCAAUUUCUUGCGAAAAAUGAUCAUUUAUAUGACAAAACCUAUGAUUAUUCGAAAGGAUUCAAUGAAGAUCAUUUCACUUAUGAACUACAAUAUCCUAUUCCAAUUUAUGAAACAUUAAUUCAAAAGAUCACUAUCUAUAAAAAUGGGCUCCUAGCACUGGACAACAUUUCUGAGGACAACUUACCAUCAAAUUAUCCAGUAAAUACAACUACUACGAAAAAACGUCUACAGGAUUUUGAUGGAAGAUAUUUAGCCAUUUUCACUUCAGUAAAUAAUGGAAACAGUGGAAAAAUACAUGUUAGAGCAAUUGAUUUACUUUCGCCAUCGAAACUGUCAUGUUUAGAACGUCUGCAAACUGAUCGACUGUCGAAAUUUAUACAUCUGUCAUAUACAGAAGAGGUGGGACUCAAAGCUCAAUAUUUAGUGCACAUACUAUGGGAGAAUAUGACAAACAUACAUUUGACCAACCAAAAGAGUAACACAUAUGGAAUGAUAAUUGUUUCCAAUGGUAUUCAUUCCUACGCUUUUAUGCAAUAUAUCAAUAUUGAGUGGAAUGAAAAUGAUAUCCCAGAAGAUUUGGCUUUACCUCCAGAAUCUGGCAUAUUCAUGAGACCUCUAGGUGGCUAUCAACUGCCACGAAGUUCACAAGCUGUAGAGCCAAACAUCUGGUCAACCGAGACAAAUGUUGCCUUACAUGGUGAAUGGCUAGUCCCUUUGUACAAGUCAGAGAAUGUAGCUAAAGCAAAUGUACGGCAUUUAAAUGAAGCCGCCAAUGAAUUUGUUGUGUCUUUCAACAAAGAAUGUAAUGAUUUACAGAAUCCAAUAGAUUUUAACAAUCAAGCAAGUUCUGAAACCAUCCUGAUCAAGAAUUUUGAUGUUGAAAAGCCAAUAGAAGAAUCGUUUACUAGGACACAGAGUUUUAAAAGAGCACUCGAUAAUUAUUAUCCUAACAAUUCAAAUGAUAAUUAUGCUUAUGAAAUAUCACAAGAUUCACCAAAAGCUACUUGGAGUAUAAUUCAAGAGGAAGGCGAAUCAUCUGGUAUCGAUCAUGUUCCCGAAACUGAAAUUAAUAUGCAUACAGAGAAUCGAACAGACGAUAACUUUUACCGUGAAAAUGAUCAUCUUGCAUCAACUGAUGAUGUUUAUGUACCUCCAGAAAGUAUCACAACGCAAACGUACUAUCCCUUAGGCAAAUAUGAUGGCGAUGAACAAAGAAAGGAAGUAAAUGAACCUAUUAUUGUGCCUGUCACAAUUCAUCCUUUAACUGAUGAUGACGAUGAUAUCGAUAAUGAAAAAGAAACUCACUCAUAUGAAUUAGUCAAAUGUGAUGCUGUUACUGAGUGUAGUAGUCACAAUACAGAGUGUUAUCGCGUUAACAAUUCCGCAUGCUGUGUAUGCAGUGAUGGAUUCUUCGGUGCAGGAAACUCCAAAUGUUGGUCUGAAGUUAAUGAUCACAAGUUUUCAUUUUCUGGCUCAUUAACGGCACAUUUUGGUGGUGAAAGUAACAUUUCACCAUUACUUGUUUAUCUGGAUAGUCAACAUGGUUCUUUGAAACGUAGUUCAAGCGGAAUUCGUGGUGGUCAUAGUAAUGACAGAGUAUAUGCAACAAUUCGUCUAAUAACACCUGUUUUCCAUGUUUUAAAUGCAAUGGUCUCCAGUACUUGUGAUACUACUCAAAAACGUGAACGUGUCUAUAAUCUUUUUACACUAGGCGAUGGACUACAACGACCUUUUAAAAUAUUAUUUCAGUUUGAUAUUCAAAGAGUUGGCAGGUUCACUGUUCAAGCAAUGAUCGACCUACGUGAUUUCUCAGCUGGUUCAUAUGUCAGUGGUGUAAUAGAUCUAGAAGCAUUUAGUACCGAAAGAAUAAAUCUACUUGAUCGAUCUUAUAUAGAAGCUUAUAGCGCCUCAGAUAAACCAGAUAAAACCUACUAUACAAAUUAUAAAAUUGACGAUAAUGCCCGUAUAAUAUUUGAAGAACAGACUGUCAAGUUCAUUUCUGAAAAUCGUGAUUCUUCAAAAGGAAGUAUUUUCCCAGAAGAACUUAAUGUUACUUGGUCUGCUGUUGCAGAAUCUGAAAGUUGUUUACUUAAAUCUAUUAGCUCUGUACCAAAGAACAAGUGGUACUAUAUACGACUUAGGGAUCGUGGCUACUGCAGUGAGGAUUGCUCUGCAGCAGAUGGAUCAUGUAAUCUUUUUUGUGUAGAUGAACCAAUACUGAUGGCGACAGAACCAACUCCUUGUGACUGUGUGAUAUGUGACCGUCAAGGUGAAGUAUGCCGCGCAGAGGGUACAACUUAUAGAUGUGAAUGUGGACAGGGUUUGCAAUUAAUGCCUGAUAACACGUGCCAAGCUCCAGUGUCUAAUGUUCACAACUACGUCGGUGUACAGUGUGGUGCAAUCAACUGUCAUGUUCAAGCGCGUUGUAUUGAUCCAAACCAGGCAUUCUGUCAAUGCUUACCCGGUUACAGAGGUGAUGGUGUUAGCCAUUGUGAAAGUGACCCAUGCUCCAAGUGUCGUCGUAACGAGAUUUGUGAAAAUGGUGUUUGCAUACCAAGUGGGGUGGACUUAUGUGAAGGCGUUCAAUGCGGAGAACAAGCUUUCUGUCAAGACGGCGCAUGCGUUUGUACACCGGGCUACACGGGGGAUCCAGUGGUAAAGUGUUAUGAAGAAAGAGAUCCUUGUACUGGUGUUAAAUGCCACGAGUACGGAGAGUGUAUUAGUGGUCGAUGCUAUUGUAUCAAAGGAUUCGAAGGUGAUGGAUAUUAUGACUGUAGACAAACAAUUAAUGAUGCUUGUUCAGGGGUACAAUGUCAUUCAAAAGCUGAAUGCCAAAAUGGCCAUUGUCGCUGCCUGAAUGGCUAUGAGGGGGAUGGUUUCAGUUAUUGCUAUGCAAUGCAAGACGAUCCAUGUGCCAACGUAAAAUGUCACGAGAAUGCUGAGUGUAUUCGCGGUGAAUGCCGUUGUCUAAGUGGCUAUCAAGGAGAUGGAAAACGUUAUUGUGAUCCUGUUCAACAGGAUUCUUGUCAGAACGUUCAAUGUCAUGCACUUGCAAAAUGUUACGAUGGUAGAUGUCAGUGUGACUCAGGGUAUGAAGGAGAUGGUUAUUGGGAGUGUACACCGAAGAAGAGUGACCCAUGCAAAAAUGUUCGAUGCCACCAAAACGCAGACUGUAAUGAGAAAGGAGAAUGUCAGUGUCGUUAUGGGUACAUUGGUGAUGGUUACUAUGAAUGUAAAUCCAAUACCGAAGAACUGUGUGCUGGUGUUCAAUGUCAUCGUUUUGGUCAGUGUUAUGAGAACCGAUGUUACUGUAGUCACGGUUACGUUGGAGACGGUGUGAAUUUUUGUGAUCCUCGUACAAACGAUCCAUGUGAAGGAAUCAGUUGUGCUGCUAAUGGACGUUGUCAAGAUGGUCAAUGUGUAUGCAAUCCUGGUUAUGAAGGUGAUGGAUACAAUGAAUGCCGUACAACUGAAGUGGAUUUGUGUGCUAAUAUUCGCUGUCAUCACUACGCUAAAUGUGAUCGUGGACAAUGUCGUUGUAUGGAUGGCUAUGAGGGAGAUGGAUAUUCGGAAUGCCGACAAAUAUCAGAAGAUAAGUGUGCCCGAGUCAGGUGUCAUCCAGAUGCUCAAUGUACUGAUGGCUAUUGUUUCUGUCCUUCUGGAUUUGAAGGAGAUGGAUUUUACGAGUGUAAACGAGUCGUUGAAGAUCCAUGUGCGAAUGUACAAUGUCACGAAAAUGCUAGAUGUGAACGUGGUUAUUGCCGUUGUAUGGAAGGCUACGAGGGAGAUGGAUACAGAGAUUGUAGACGUAAAAUUGAUGAUGCGUGUACACAGAUUCGUUGUCAUCCGAAGGCUCAAUGUGAGUAUGGUUUCUGUCGUUGUAUGAAUGGUUAUAAGGGAGAUGGUUACUGGGAUUGCCAACCUGUUAUCAAUGCCAUAGAUACUUGCCGCGACGAACAAUGUCACCAGUUUGCUAGAUGUGUUGAGGAGCGAUGUCGUUGUAUAGAUGGAUAUGAAGGAGAUGGUUAUCAGAUAUGCAAUGCAAUACCCGGAGUUUCCGCAGACUGCGGUACAUGCCGUGGUAUACCCUUCAAAGAGAUAGCUCAGUGUGUGGCAGGACGAUGUGUCUGUGCUCGUGGUUUCAUCGAAGUUCAGGCAGGUGUCUGUAUGGAAUGUGUUCAAGAGAAUUGUCAUCGUGAUGCCCUAUGUCGACCAAAUGACCAAUUCAAUGGAGCUUAUUCAUGUCACUGUAAGCCCGGUUUUACUGGAGACGGAGUAUCUAUAUGCAAACCUGAAAAUGAAGGCAGAGAAGAAAACUAUCCAUCUGGUUCAGUUGAUUCAACCUGUGGUGGAGGCUGCAGAGUCCGAAACGCAGAAUGUGAUAGAUAUACUGGAAUGUGUAAAUGUCGAUCAGGUUUUGAUGGAGAUGGUGAAACAGGUUGCUACUGGAACUGUAAACUCUGCUUAGCAAAUGCAAUUUGUGAUCGUGAAAAUGAAAGGUGCAUUUGUCCAUCUGGUUACCGUGGCGAUGGACAAACAUUUUGCGAACAGAUUCCAAUCCGACAAGAUUCUAUAAAAGUACGAAUUAUAGGAGAAGGCGAAGUAAUGCAUGUAACAGAUGUAUCUCAUCCCCUUGAAUUACGAUGCUACGUAACUGGUAGUGAUCAGUCGUAUUCUGGUCAAUGGAUUCAACCACAUUCUGCUCAAGAACCAACUGUGACCAGAUCUAGGCAACCAGAUGGUUACGAACUUCUACUACGUAUAAAUCAACCUAUAUUAACUGAUAGCGGAAGAUAUGAAUGUCGUGCUGGAAAUACUGGUACUUUCAUAGAUGUAACCAUAGAAGAAUCAGCAAUUCCAUUUAAUGUAAUUCUUACAAGUGACGAUGGAAUAUUGAUGACACAAUCAACUGACUCUAAUGUUACGAAAGCCACAUUAUGGAAUAUUGCUGAAAAUAACAAAUAUGGACGUGUUUCUAUGGUGGCUGACUGCAAUAACCAACGAAUUAUCUAUACAUCAGAUUAUGGUCAUGCUAUUCGUUGGGGUAAUGCAAAUUCUGAACAGCAGCAGUUGACUAUAAAGGAAAUAUACAAUUCCCAAUUUAGUCGAUUUCGUAAUUUGGCUGUAGACCCAUUAUCAGGAAAUGUAUUUGCUUGGGAUGAAGCAUAUGGAAAGAUUAUUGUCUUUAAUCCAGCUAAACCAAAUAUUCGUUGUACACUUGAAAAUCUACAUAGUUUAACUUCCUCAGUACCACAGAAUUUUGCAGGGAUUACCUUGCACCCUACAUUAGGUUUAAUGUACUGGGCAAUAUAUACAGAUGGUUGGAGACCAAACGGUACAAUUCAGGUGGCUUCAAUGUCAGGUGAAAAUGAAGAACAACUGCUACAACUCACUGGUGAACCAUUAGCUAUAAGUAUAUCACCAUCAACACCAGUGAAUGGUAAUUCAGCGGGUAAAUUAUGUUGGAUGCAAAGAUCUACAAAAGGAAUGUAUGGCUUAAUCACUGAACUACAUUGUGCACGUUUAGGUCAAACAGGCAGAGAAAUACUUACUAAUGAAAGAAUUAAAGAAUUCAAUCCCUCUGAAGAACCAUCUUUCGGUAUGACACAAUACAAAGGAUCAUUACUGUGGACAGAUGCAACAAAGACGGUAUUUUACUCGACCAAUCCUGAUCGUCGGAUCCGUGUUCGUUAUGUGUGCUGUUCGAAUCGUUUUCAAGCUUUAGCUGUGCUUGGUGAAUGCCCCCAAGCUUCAACUAACCCAUGUAGUUAUUCUAAUGGACGCUGCCGUUAUAUUUGUUUGCCUAAUGACGGUGGAAGAUCACGUACAUGUGCAUGCCCAGAUAAUGAACCUGGAUGUCAUAAAGAAAUAUAAAAUGCAUCAUUCUUAUAAUAUUCAACUACCUAAUAAAAACUAAACAAACUUGUUCAUCCCAGUUCAUAUUUUCCAUUUUGAUUUUCUUAUUCAUUCGCUUUCCUUUUGUUAUUCCUGCUAAUAUUGUUCAAUAAUUUUCGUAUCUACCUGUCAAUUGUUCAUUAUUUAUUAGGGUACUGAACUCUUGAAUUUGUUUAACUGUUGCGAUACUUAUAUGUUAUAUUUGUGUUUAAUCGUAAUACCGAUAAAAAGUUUUAUUUUCGAAUUACUAAUUUUCAUUUUAAGAUUACUACUGUAUAACAGUUGCAUGUUAGUUUAUAUUUGUGUAUUUUAUUCUCUUUAUGUGUACGUACACGACAGCAUUAGAAAAGUUAUGCUUAGAAAUGAUAAAUUGUACCCUUUGCAGAAAAAGUUCUAGGCAUUAAUAAUCAUAAUCACAACAAUGAUAUAAACUGAGUUCUUCUUUUAGGAUUAGUAUUCUGUGAAUUAUUCACUUUUCGAAUUCAUUAUUCUGGAAUAAACUACGUUCAAUAUUCAAGUGUUGUUUAUUCGCACUGCCGGUUAAAAGACAUUGAUAACUGUUGAAUGAUACUUGUAAUUUCCCGUUGUUUUACUUUGUCGAAUCGCUCGAUCUCUGUUAGUAGAUAGGCUCCUAUGAGGACGCCUCUAUACUGCUUGAAUAUUUAUCAUGUUAUCAUUU